AUGAAGUCGUUCAUCGCGGCCCUGGUUCUCGCUUUCGCGGUCGCUUCGGCCCUCGCCCAAGACUUCCCGGAGGACCUGGGGCUGUGCGGCGAGGGCGUGUGCACGGCCACGCCUGUCAUCAAGAACGACGCGGGCGACGCCAUCGGCGUCGGGCCCGUCAACGCCACCCUGGCCCUGGACACCGUCGGCGGCUACCCCGCCGUCAUUGCUCUGUGCGGCAAGGGGCGCUGCAUCACCGUGCCGGUCAUGGUGGCGGGCAUGAGCGAGGAGACCGCCGCUGAGGCCGUGGGCGUCGCUGCCGCCGGGGACUGGCCGAACUUCAUCGGCCUGUGCGGCCAGGGCGAGUGCAUGGUGACGCCCGUGAGCAAGGACGAGGCUGGUGUGGGCAUCUCCGUGGGGCCGGUGCCUUCCAACACGCUCGGCGUCGCCGGUGACUACCCAGAGUAUGUGGGGCUGUGCGGUCGCGGCGUUUGCGCUGCUCUGCCGGUCAUCGCCUCUCCCUGA